AUGUCAAAUACCAUAACCUUUGAGAGGGAAAAACUCAACCAGGCAAUGUAUCAGAAGUUGAAGAAGUUCAUAAUGAAUAAGCGCAAACGAGAGGCUGAAGAGCGCGCUCAAGCUGAUUAUUAUAAACGUCUAAAGAAGGAACGCGAGGAACGUAAGAGGCAGAUUAAAUUCUCCACUGAGUCCCUCGAAAAUGCAAAACGUGAGAUUUUUGAGACAAAAAAGAGAAUAUCUCUCCUUAAAACGGAAAAAGAUGCUCUCUUUACUAGAUUCAAACAAAUAACACAGGAAUGUAAAUUGCGAGAAGUAGAGAUUAGAGCUAGAAAUCAACAGAUUCAGAUGGAGAAAGUAGCUUUGUAUGCUGACCAAUGUCAAGGCAGAGCUUCUCAAGAUGCUCUCCUUAUGCUACCAAAGACUGCACAUAAGGGUUUUGGAGGUAGUUGUUCACUGGAUGUUAUCAGUCAAACAAGUGCCCUGAGAAAGCAAGUUGGCCAAUUAUAUUGUCCGAGCCAGUUCUCACCAUCAUCUUCGACUCACGGAGUCCACGAUUCCUCGGCUGCCAAUCCCAAUCUAGGAUCAGUCGCGUUUUCGGGAUUAGAUAAACGUCAAAUGGCUAUAUAUGGCUCGCUUAUACCCCAGCAACAGCAGUUUCUUGCAAAAAGCUUUCCCGAUGGCCCUGUUAAUAACAUUUUGGGGAAUCGGGAGAUGACUGCGCAAGAACUCCAAGCAAUUUCCAAAUAUCUUGUCGAGCUUGGUGCCGCUAGCGGAAAACUACAAUCGGAGGUAUUGAGCGCGAUCAACGCAGGGACGCUGUCAGCAUUCUUGAACAACCCCAAGUUGGCGGCAAUGGUGGCCGCUUCCUCCCUCGGUUCGAACCCGCGGUCCCCCUCUACAUCGGGUCUUCCCACUCCCACGGGUGUCUCGUCUUCUGCUGCUGCUGGACCGCCUCUCAGUAGUGGCAGUGGGACCUUCCUCCCUCCUGCGCCCACCGGCUACCGAGGCAGCAUCACCACGGGCCAAUCGGCUCAGCAAAUCCAAAUGGCCCAGCAGCUUGCAGCUCAGCAGCAGGCCGCUGCGCUCUACGCCGGUCGUGGUGCCUCUCAACCUCAACCGCAGCAGCCACAGUAG